UGGGAACGAGGAGGGAGGGGAUAUUUUAAUGGCCGCCACUACCACUGCUAAAUACAAAAACUCUGGAUUAUGUUGUUUACAGAGAUCGGAGUUGAAGGGUUUAGCGGCAGUACAACUAGUUAUAAUCUCGAGUGUGAUCAUCUAAACAUACUCGGCAGAAAGAUGACUCUAUAGUUUAGUUUUUGGAGCGCUGGACAGACUUUACCCGCUUGAUCUGUACGCGAUUGGGAGCUCAGGCCUAGCCGGCUGGCUAACAGACAAGCGGAACAUCAGCUACUCACUGAACUUUAAAGGGAAUAUGUAACAUAACGAAAAAUGACAUCCAGAUUUGGUAAGACAUACAACCGCAAAGGAGGGGAGGCCAACUCUAGAUUUGAAGAGGUCUUUUCUAACAGAAAGCCCACCUUGUCCACCAAAUGGGGAGAGACCACAUACAAGGCUCAACUUGGGGCCAAAAGGCCUGUGUUAAAAACUGAUGUCUCUGAGAUUUCAAAGAGGCCCAGACUAGAGGACAGUGACAGUGACCAGGACCCGUUUGGGUUUGACAGUGACGAUGAGUCAAAAACCGUCACUUCUCACAUUGGCCCGGAGGCUAAUGUCAGUACAGCUGCAGCUACAAUCGCACCAACACCACAGAGCACUGUCAAGCCAUCUGUAGUGACCUCCUCUCAGUUAGCUUCUACCACAGUAACAAGCAAGUCAAACCCUCAAGAGAAAGUUAUUAAGGUUGUUGUCAAAAGUAACCAGCCGUGGUACAAAAUUGCAUCUGAUCAGAAACCCACAACUGCAUCCUUCAUUUCACACUCGGUUUCUUCUGCUAAUCAGAAUUCAGGGACACAGUCGUUCCUCUUCUCUUCAAGCACAGACGCCUCUCUCUAUGGCACACAGUCCAACAAUGCUCCUGGAGGUAGCAGAGACUUCCUUGCACCUUCCUCUUGUGAUGAAUUGCCAUCAGAUGAAAUGAUGAAUGCUGAGCCUGAAGCCGCUGCAGAGCCUCCACCAGAACCUCCAGUAGACAAUAUUCCCCCAUCUCCAUUCACCCUCAGGGCCUCCAACAGCAAGAAAUACCAGAGGCCUAAUCGGGCUAACAAAACCUCCUGUGAACUUGCGGAAAAUAACAAUGGUGAUGACUCUCACCAAACCGCAAGCAUACAAGCUAAAUCCCUCACUGCACAUCCCGCCAGUUCAAGCAGUACUGCUGCCAAGUCCACAACAGCAGCCAAGCCAGUGGGCCGGGGUGGAGGUAGGGUGAGGGACUACACCGUGCUGCAUCCCUCCUGUGUGUCAGUCUGCAAUGUCACUAUUCAGGACUCAAUAGAGCGCAACGUGGAUGAGCUAGUUGCCCCUGCUCCCCCUGCCGACCUCGGAGAAGCAGGACAGAUGAAGAAGAAGACUGAUGCUCCUCUACCUAAGCAUGUUCGGUAUAGGCCAACACCAGCAAAGCCCAAGAAGACAAAGACUGAGAGCAAGCUUGAGUUCUUUGGUUUUGAGGACAAGGAGGAGCAGGGGGGUGAAGAAGGCUCUGAAAGUGCCAUGGCAGGGAAAAGCAGCUACAAGAUCAAAUACUUUGGUUUUGAUGAUCUCAGUGAGAGUGACAGCGAUGAUGACAGCACCAGUGCCAAAGAAAAGAAACACAAGAAGGCUCUGGCAGCUCUGAGCUCAGGUGUGGACAGCCCCCAAACCAGCGACUCUCAGGACAGCCAGGCCAGCAGCAACAUGGAUGCAUUUGACUUUUCGGAUGACUCAAGUCCUAGUGGGACUGAGACUCUUAAGGCACGUUUGGGGAAGGCAAAUGAAAAGACAAAGGAAUUUGGAAGUGGAACCAAAAAGAUCUUUAGUGGACCAAAAAAGUCACCUGCAAAAGCUGUGUACAAUGCUCGCCACUGGAAUCAUCCUGAGCUUGAGGAGAUGCCUGCACCUCCUCUGUCACGCUCUCAAACUGCUCCGGCCAUUUUAUCGAGCAGCAGCAAAGACAGCAACUCCCAUAAAGAUGAUGGUGUGUUCAAAGCUCCUCCACCACCACCUAAAGUCAUUAAGUCUGAGACCAUGCCCACACGUCCCAACCAGGAUAUUGUCACAGCGCUCAAAUGCAGGAAGGAGCACAAGGAGCUGUACACGGUAGUGCAGCAUGUGAAGCACUUCAAUGACGUCGUGGAGUUUGGAGAGAAUCAAGAGUUCACAGAUGACUUUGAGUACCUGGAGACGGGGCUGAAAAGUUCGCAGCCACUCAACACUAGAUGCCUUAGUAUAAUUGGCCUGGCCACACGAUGUGCUAUGCCCAGUUUCAGGAUGCACCUGAGAGCCAGAGGAAAAGUGGCACAUGUCUUCAAAAUCCUCAGUGAUGCUCCACAGCAUCCAAACCUGGCCCUAUGCACAGCUGCCCUCAUGUACAUUCUGAGCAGAGACCGUCUGAACAUGGACUUGGACCGGGCUUGUUUGGAGCUCAUGAUCAAGCUGCUGGAGCUGGAGCACGACUACUCUGCUGUGCAGGACCAGCUGACGACCAAGGAGGAGGACAAGGUCAAGGAGAAGAUCAGGAAGCUCUGUGAGACCGUCCACAACAAACAUCUGGACUUGGAGAACAUCACAACUGGUCACCUUGCCAUGGAGACUCUGCUCUCUUUGACUUCGAAAAGAGCCGGGGACUGGUUCAAGGAGGAGCUGCGUCUGCUCGGAGGCCUAGACCACAUUGUUGACAAAGUAAAAGAGUGUGUGCAGCUCCUGAGCCACGAGGAGGACAAGGAGAAUCUGGUGGCGUCAUUGUGGGGGGCGGAGAGGUGCCUGAGAGUGCUUGAAAGUGUCACAGUGCAGAACCCAGAGAAUCAGGGUUACUUGAUUGCUUACAAAGACUCUCAACUGAUCAUCUCUGCCGCGAGAGCACUGCGUCACUGUGAGGACAUGAUCCAACGCUACAGCAGAGCCCUAAACAAUAGCAGUGUGUCCUCGGCUGAUGCUGCUCUUCCCCACUGUAGCUUCAGUAAUGUGGGCAAGGCUGUGGAGGACUGCAUGAGGGCUGUCAUUGGAGUGCUGCUUAAUCUCACACAUGACAAUGAGUGGGGCAGUACAAAGACGGGUGACCAGGAGCUGUUAAUAAUUACAGCUUUGAACUGUGUGCUGCGAGUACCUCGCUACAUCCCACCUGAGCAGCGCUUUGACAUCAGAGUGCUGGGCUUGGGCCUUCUCAUUAAUCUGGUGGAGUACAGCUCCAGAAACAGACACUGUCUAGUGGACAUGGAGUACAGUGUAGAAGACGCCUGUCUGGAGGACAGCCUGAUGCAGCCUGCUGAUCCCACACAAAGCAGCGCAGAGUCAGCAGCCGCUCCAGCUCCUGGAGAGGAAGAGGAGAAGCCCAAAGCCUCUGGCGCUUUGGCUGCCCUGGUCAAGUUAUUUCUGGAGAGGGAGCGUGCUGCUAUACUGGCUGAAGCUAAAACAGAUGACCUCAUCAGUGAGGCCCCAAAGCCGGCGCUGGACCAGAGUGGACAGUGGCAGGAGACAUCGGGUGAGAUCCAGUGGGUCGAGGCCGAGAACACUGACAAGCAGACUACAUCCAAGGACAGUGACAAGAAGGAGGAGGAGGACGAAGAGUUGGACCUCAAUAAAGCUCUGCAGCAUGCGGGAAAACAUAUGGAGGACAGCAUAGUCGCUUCCUACACGGCUCUUCUUCUGGGCUGCUUGUGCCAAGGCAGCCAGAUCAAUGUGACUACUGUGAGAGAGCAUCUACCUAAAGGGGAUUUCUCCAUCAUGACAGAGAUGUUGAAGAAGUUCCUGAACUUCAUGAACCUCACUUGUGCAAUGGGCACCACAGGACAGAAGUCCAUCUCUCGAGUCAUCGACUACCUGGAGCACUGUUAACAGACAGUGGUACUGAACUCUGGGUGGUACAUCAAAGGCAAGGGGCUGCUUCUGGGCCCUUACAGACUAGAGCCACAGGGGGCAGUGCAGGCUCACAGCCCAUCACCCGGAGCUGUGAUCAACCUCAAUCUGGACUCCCCCAGGCCUCCUCUGCGCCCCCUCUGCCCACACACACCUCUGUUUCACACAUUGUCUGUUGGCACAGCGUGUACCAAAGCCCUUGUACAUGUAGGGGCUCAGAUCACUCACCUGUGAUCCUCAGACUGUCCAAUGCUCCUCAGGUACCAGGGAGGAGGGGCUUAGCCUUUGUCCUGACACAGCUCUGAACAGGCUCCAGACCUCGUCCUGAAAUGUCCUAAAGCAAUGCUCUGGCUCUGCUACUGCAACAACCAGCCCACAGUCACCCCUCCAAUUUUAUGGAUCAUUGCAUUUUAACAUGUUCAUUUACACGGACUCGCUCCAGUGGGGAGACCAUUGUUUAGCAUGAAAACCCCUUUUCAUGGAUUUUAGACGUCUUUCUAAACAGGUGUGAAAUCAUGGGAAUGCAUACAACUGUUUUUGCUGUUUGUGUUUGGCUUGAGAUGAAUGUUAAGAAAGAGCAUAGAUUACACAACACUUUGAUCCCCGAUGCUCCCGAUUAUGUUGUGAAAUCAGCUGCAUUGCUUUUUACUUUUUUCUUUCAAGGGCAUUUUUCCCUCAUAAUGAAUUGUAGAUUUUCUUUAAUUUAUAACAAUUGUUAUGAUUUGUUAUUAUGAAUUGGCAGACAUUGAUUAGUUAGUUUUUAUUCAAUUUUAGAAGAAUUUUCUGUUACAUUGUGAGAGCUGUGCUUCCUUUUAAACAUCAGUGAAGUUAAUGUAUUUAAUUUAAUAUUACUGUCCCUUGGGGUAUGAUUUUUCUUAUUUUUAAAUUCCUGUCAUGUUUUUCAACCCAUGAUUCACUGCAGUAGCUGGACAUUAAUACAUCUUUAUGAAUGAGUGUCAUUUCUCACCCAGACUAGUCCUCAUAUGUCUAUGUGUCAUUUUAGCUUGUUCAUUUGAAACAUUUCAUAAUUGAAGAAUUAGUUGGGCUUAAUUUAUUCCUGCGUGUCAUUUGAAGCGCCCUCUAGAGACCUCUGUGUCUUGUACUUUGCGACCACUGACUGAAUGACAGCCAUAGCCGUAUUUAUCUGCUCCGAGGGGCUGCGGUGAACUCUCAGUUUACUGUACACUUUGCAAAAUUAUAAUUUGAAUGGAAUUUUAAGACUGUAAAUACACCUGUACAUAAUGGUUCAUGGACAUUCAAAUGCUUAGACUACUUUUUUCUCCCGGAGCUGAUAUUUUUAUUUUAUACAAUACUAUUUCUGAGUUUGAAAAAAAUGCAGGAAGAGUAAAACAUGUUUGUACCCGUUUUGAGGACACUGUCUUUGGUUACAUGUAAAAAGUUGUAUCUCAAACUAAAAAGUUGCUACUUUCAGUACA